AUGACCCAGCCCAACGGAGGCCCGUCCCAAUACACCCUUCCCGGGGUGAUCAACUACCUCACCCUGGAGUUUACUAAUCUUGAACGGUUCAAGAUCAUGACCAACAUCGAAAAGCUGGAGAUGAAGUACCGUAUCAUCCAGCUUCAAGGCGAACUCAAUUCGCUUAAGUUUGUCAAUAACAAACAAGCGGCGCGGAUCUUUCUGCUCGAACAGGAAAACCAACGGCUCCGGGAAAAGCUUCAUCAACUGGACCUGGGCGAAGGGGUGUCGGCCCGCCGGGACGACUACGUCGACCCCACCAUACCUGGAGAAUUGCCCGACGUCGAUCUCGAGGUGGUGAAGAAAACCCGAGCGCAAUUGGCUCAGCUGAUGAAGGAAAUCGUCCAUCUAUUGAAAACUCCCAGUGUCAAACUGAUCAAUAGCUUGAACCUCCCCGGACCUGAUGAUUCUCAGCCCCUGGAGUUUGAAGUGCUUAUGCACAAUUCCGAACCGGAGGAAGAAAUUGGUUUUAGUGAGUCCCUGCCGCAACAACAACCACAACCACAACAGCAGUCUCGAAGCAAGGCAAUUCCCAAAUACUUUGGUGAUGACGAAUCCGGGAAGAUUUCUCUGGCUAAGUCUGACACUAACCGGGAUGUCAACAAUGUUGACACAUCCAAAUCGGCCCCGGAGGCGUUGGUUGAACCUGUGUAUAUUGCUCCGCAACUGGACAUAAUCGUGAACUACGAAAGCGAUGAUCUUGACACUGUCGUUGAUGGUGACGUCGACCACAGUAAACCACAAGGGCCUCAAAAACUGUUUGUUUAUGGCGAUUACAAAAUCACGUUGGCCACGAGUGAUAGUGAGAAAGUAGCAGUGGAGAUAAUCGCAGGGUCGCGGGUAAUUUUGGGUCAGAAAGUACACCUCAAACAAGUGCUGGCGUUGGAAAACUUGAUUCAAGUGUAUCCCGUUCUGGUGGAGACGGAUGGAGCUGCAUUACUACUUGUCGACCGUGAUCAAGGGGUGAUACUGCUCUUACUCACCACCGAUGGAGCUAUGGAGUUGACAUUGCACCAAGUCAGAGGCAUCACUCAAGCAGAUAUUGUUGAAUUCAUCCUGGGAGACGGCGCUAGCCAUACCGAUUUUGGACUUGUGGUUAGUGGUAUUCAUGGUCGCGGCCCUCAAGGCUUCUUUUCGCAGGUGUUUCACAUCUACUACGCUAAUGGUGGCAUUCAGAGCGAACAAGUGGGUCAUUUUAUCGCCGAGUUUUUCUUCAGUGGCAGCAACGAAGGACCGACAAUUGAAUUCAGUCAGUGGCAUAUUAAUCUUGAUGCUAACGUGUCGCCAGUUACAGUGCCGAAGCCAGGUGCGCUCACGGUGUGUAACAACCCUGUCCUCGCCAAGUACGAACUUGAGUAUCUCGUGGAUGGGGUGCCUCAUCGUCUCAAUCUUGUAUCGCAACAAUUCACUCAGGGCUGA